CUUUCGAGCCGGCGACGAAACAACAAUUCAUUCGAGCUAGCAACGCGUUGUGAGCGAUAGUUGUGGAAAAAAUUGUGUGAGAUCUAAUAAUUGCAGACGGUUUCUAGCAAACUUGUGUUAAAGAAAAAAAAUAACCAUUGCAAAUUAAUUACUGCAGUGUUCAUAUAAAAAAUAAAUUAAAAUAAAAUAAAGCUAUACACAAAAGUGUAGCUAAAGAUAACUAAAAUACUUACAAUAAUUGAAUAAAGACGUGGUUGUGCAAUAUUUUUGAGCGUUAAAGCUACCACCGGCGUUCAAAAAGUUUACGCGAUAGUACUCAAAAGCAAUCAAGGCGAUAGAAACAAAGAAAUAUUUGCUGUCAAAUUGAAGCUGAAAAGUUUUCAUCAGCUUAAUCCCGCAUUUUCCAACACCUCAUCAGUUGCGUUAAAGUCGUCACCAUUGCUCCUCAACCAGUAAGCAGUACAAUGAAUGGUCAAAGCUAUGAGCUGAACCAUACGAAUGGUGAUAUCAUAUCACAGAAUCAGCAGAAGGGCUGGUGGACCAUUGGCCUGAUUAAUGGCGCACACAAGUAUAUGACGGCCGAAACUUUCGGCUUCAAGUUGAAUGCGAAUGGCGCUAGCCUGAAGAAGAAACAAUUGUGGACAUUGGAGCCAUCGAAUACCGGUGAAAGUAUUAUAUAUUUACGAUCUCAUCUCAACAAAUAUCUAUCGGUCGACACGUUCGGCAAUGUGCUCUGCGAGAGCGAUGAACGAGAUGCUGGCAGCCGUUUCCAGAUCAGCAUCAGCGAGGAUGGCACCGGCCGUUGGGCGUUGAAGAAUGAAUCGCGCGGUUACUUCCUAGGCGGCACACCCGACAAACUCGUUUGUACCGCAAAGACGCCCAGCUCCAGCGAGUUCUGGACCGUGCAUCUGGCCGCAAGGCCACAAGUGAACUUGCGCUCCAUUGGACGCAAACGUUUCGCACAUCUGUCCGAAUCACAAGACGAGAUACAUGUCGAUGCAAAUAUACCAUGGGGCGAGGACACGCUCUUCACAUUGGAGUUCCGCGCCGAGGAGGGCGGACGUUAUGCUUUGCAUACAUGCAACAACAAGUAUUUGAAUGCUAACGGCAAACUGCAGACUGUCUGCAAUGAGGAUUGCCUCUUCAGCGCUGAAUAUCAUGGCGGACACUUGGCGUUGCGUGACAAGCAAAGUCAGUAUCUAUCGCCAAUUGGCUCCAAAGCUGUGCUGAAAUCGCGUUCCUCCACGGUGACACGUGAUGAGCUCUUCUCAUUAGAGGAUUCCUUGCCGCAAGCCUCAUUCAUAGCCGAGUUAAAUUCGCGUUACGUGUCGGUGAAGCAAGGCGUCGAUGUGACCGCCAAUCAAGAUGAGGUGGGUGAGAACGAGACAUUCCAGCUGGAGUUCGACUGGUCCGCCCAUCGUUGGGCGUUGCGCACCACACAAGACCGUUACUGGUGUCUGUCCGCCGGCGGUGGUAUACAAGCCACCGGCAAUCGUCGCUGCGCCGAUGCGCUCUUCGAACUGGUCUGGCAUGGCGAUGGCUCGCUCUCGUUCCGCGCGAACAAUGGCAAGUUUUUGGCCACCAAACGUUCGGGACAUUUAUUCGCCACGUCCGAGAGUAUUGAGGAGAUCACGAAAUUCUACUUUUAUUUGAUCAAUAGACCCAUACUUGUACUUAAAUGUGAGCAAGGCUUUGUCGGCUAUCGCACGCCCGGCAAUCUCAAGUUGGAAUGCAACAAGGCCACCUACGAGACGAUUUUGGUGGAACGCGCCCAAAAGGGUUUGGUGCACUUAAAGGCACACAGCGGCAAGUACUGGCGCAUAGAUGGUGAAGGCAUCUCCGUGGAUGCGGAUGCGCCUGCCGAUGGUUUCUACUUGGAGCUGCGCGAGCCCACCAGAAUUUGCAUAAGAUCGCAAACUGGCAAAUAUUUGGGCGCUACGAAAAAUGGCGCUUUCAAGCUGCUCGACGACGGCACCGACUCGGCCACACAGUGGGAAUUCUAAGCGACUACAAGGCGCUUACAACAAGGGCUGGGGCGCUUGCUUAAAUGAUAACAAUGUUUGUAUGCAAUUUCUGAAGCAUACAUGCAUGCCAAGAGUGGGAGUUGAAGAGAAAAAACAAAGAAAAAUUGUUUGCCAAUAAUGUCUGUGGAAGAAAAGCUAGCAUUCACACACACACACACACAUACAUAUGCAUACAUUUAAGUAAAAGUGAGUCAAAAAUUAAAGAAAAAUCAUAAAAGAAUAAAAACGAAAAAAGAAACGCGAGAACAAACGGAAAUAAGUUAAAUGAUAAUGAAUUAAAAUUAUUUUAAAAAAAUAUCGCAUGCGAUUUUCUACUGAACUAUCACUGAAAUUGUGUAGAAACGUAGCAAACUACAUGCAAUACAAUGCAAUUGAAGAUUUUAUAAAGCAAACAAUAUUUAAUGUAGUAAUUAAAGUAAUUUGUAUGAGAACAACAAUGAAAUGUGGUAAUGUUGCACUUUUAAAAGAAACGCUUUUACAUACAUACAAACAUACAUAUAUACACAGAGCAUGCAUGCAUACAUAUUCACAGCGGCAUAUUUUUAUACCAUAACAGCAAGAAGUGGCAAAUAUUACGUAAAAAAAACUAAAAUUUAUAGCAAUUAAUAUAAAAAUAUAAUAAAAAUAAAUAUAAAAACAAAAACAACAAAACAAAUUGUCAACUAAAACAGGAAACGCACAAUUUUUUACAUACUUUUUUAUACAGCAACAAAACAAAAAGUUUAGCUUUUAUACCAUGCAACUAAAAUAAAAAAAACAACAACAACAAAAAUAAGUAUAUAUAAAAAUUACACUGUGCUGUGUAGAGACAAGUGCGUGGCAUUUGUUUUUCCAUUUUAAAUAAAAUAAAAUUUAAUUUAAUUUUUCGAAAUCGUGGUGAAAAUCAAGAACAAGAAAGUCGAGAUCGGAAAUUGAAGAACAAAGCAGAACAUUUACUUUGACUGAAGUGUUAGAAACCAAUUGAUAUCGAUUUCGAAAACAACAAAUUUCCAAUAAAAAAUUCGAAAAAAAAGUUUUAGCUUAAGUCGGCUUAAGUUUUUUGCGGAAAUUUGUGCUCCGUAUGAGCAAUUUGAGCAAGAUUUUGUCUUUUAUUUUAUCAAAGAAAUUCUUAAAUUUCAAAACGUCCGCAAUAACUUAAGUUGUUAAGUUAAUUUAAAGUAUUUCCAUGGGUCUAUAAAUAAUAAUAUUCUACAGUUGUGUAUUGAAUAACUGUAAUUAUUUAUUUUUUUCCAAAACUUCUCGACACCAUUACGCCGCACUUGUCUCACACUGAAGUGUGUCGCGUAAUAAAAAAAUGCCAAUUUUGUGAGUCCUUCCUCUGCAAGUCCUUUUUAUAAAGUGAGUAAAAAAAUUUAAAAAAACAUACAAUUUAAUAAAAGUAAAUAAGUAUUAUAAAAAAAUAAUUAAAAUUUGAGAGUUUGGCAAUGAAAUUUAUAAAAAUUAUUUAACUAUUUUAUAUAAAAGAAAUCUAUUUUAUUGACAAUGCGUGAAUAUUUUAAAUGCUUUUUUAGCGAUUUUAAUCAGAAACUCCUCCAAUAGAUGUAUGCGUAUAUAUUCCUAUUAAAAAAAAAAAAAACAAAAAAA